AUGAAGGUAACUGUUCCUCAAUUUAAAGUACCAAAUAGAACUAGCUUUACUCGACUUUUGGACCUCAAAUAUGAUUGUGUAGCUGCGAAUGUUCGUGAAAAGUUGAGUAAAACAAAGAAUAUUACACUAACCAUGGACGUGUGGACUGAUACGAUGCAGACGCGAAGCUUUUUAGGCCUUACAGUACACUAUUGCUCUGAUAAUGAAAUAGAACUAGCAUCAAGUACUUUGGGUGUAAUCGAGCUUCAAGAACGACAUACGGGACAAUAUUUAGCUGAUGAAUUAGUAAACAUCUACAGAAUGUGGAAUAUAAAAAAAGAAAAUAUUUCAGCAAUCGUAACUGACAGCGGUGCCAACAUAUUAAAAGCAGUAGAGUUGGGGUUUGGAAAAAAAUAUAGUAUUCCCUGUUUUGCACAUUUAAUUAAUUUGGUUGCUGAAAAAUCUGUUAGUGACGUUGCUUACUUGUCUACUCUGAUAUCAAAAUUAAAAACGAUUGUUACCUGGUUUAAAGCAAGCGUAGUGGCUAGCGACGAACUAAGAAAAGCAACUGGUACUGAAACAAAACUAAUUCAAGAAGUUAGUACUAGGUGGAAUUCUAAGUACUUUAUGAUAGAGCAUUUUUUGGAACUAAGACCAACCAUAAAUGAAAUUAUUAAUCGACAUAGAUCAGCACCAAAUAUGAUCAGUGCAAAAGAAGCUGAAGAACUAGAAGAGAUUAAGCACUUAUUGCGACCCUUGGAAGCGGCAACUAGAGAAUUAUGUGGGGAACAUUAUGUAACCAGCAGCAAAGUUAUCCCAAUGGCAGUUCAAAAGAAUUUAAUUUGUGGAGCGGUCACCAUACAAUUGUUGAACGAACGAAAUCGAAACAAUUAGAUGAAUAUUCUACAGAUAUUACAUCAGAAGUCACUCAAUACUUAAGGAGUCCAAUUUCCAAUUUUUCUGAUAACCCGCUGUCUACUUGGAA